AUGUCUGGUUUAUGCCUCGUCGGCGGUAUUAUGGGUUUUGCCCGUAAGAAGCUGAUGCCUUCUCUCGUGGCAGGUUUGACAGUCUCAGGCUUAUACGCUGCACUGGGUUAUUUGUUGAAAAACAACGCUGACUGGGGUUUGGAACUUGCUCUUGGAUCAUCAGCAGCCUUGUUUUUGGCGGGUCUUGGCCGUGCUAUUCCUACGCAUUUCCAAAAGCCUUUGCCAAUCGUUUUGGUAGCUUUAGGCGGUUUAUCGACCGCGUACUACGCCAAGAAGUACAAUGAAUUUUACCCUCUUUGGUCGUGA